UUGCGCUGUCACAAGUGUCACACUAAGGACAUUAAGGUUUGUAUCGCUUACACGCCCCAAGAAUGCGUAAAGCACGACAAUGGAUGCUACUUUGAGUAUGAGGGUAAAUUGAAGAAAAUGGGCUGCGGUCGUGACUGGCAUAGGGCGGUAGGCUGUCAUGGUACGAAAUGCAUUAAAUGGUGUCACAGUGAUUUGUGCAACAAAGAACUAAUUAAGGAUUCGCCAUUCCGAGGGGAACUUGGAGAAGAAGACAAUUCUGAAGAAGAUUCUGUUGGAAACUGGCUUAGUUCGCUUUUUGGUGCAAGUGUAAUGAUUAAGGUCUCAUCUGGUGUAUUCUUCCUCAUGCUAUUUUUUAACUUGAUUGUGUUUUUAUAA